GUCACUGUAGACUCUCGCCAUUUUGAAGAUUGUAGAAUAGGACUAGGGACUGGUGUUAUAGGGCUAGGUAGCUAAAUAUCUGCAGCCCCUCUUGUUUAACAAGCUAAAGGAGCGUGACAGUCUAAUCCAGCUAAACAUGUCGUCAGACAAACUGGAGACAGACGCACAAGUGGAGUUUGGCGAGGAAAAACAGGACUCUCAGGAGAAGAAUUUAAAUCCAGUGAAAGAAGAGGAGGCCAAGUUGAAAGCCAAGUACCCCAACCUGGGGCAAAAGCCAGGGGGCUCUGACUUCUUGAUGAAAAGGCUACAAAAAGGGCAAAAGUACUUUGAUUCAGGUGACUACAACAUGGCCAAAGCAAAGAUGAAGAACAAGCAGCUGCCCACUGCCGGGCCGGACAAGAAUCUGGUGACAGGAGACCAUAUUCCCACGCCGCAGGACCUGCCACAGAGAAAGUCGUCCCUGGUUACGAGCAAGUUGGCGGGCUAGCUCUUCCCACUUCCACCAUACCCUACAUUCCCCACCUCACCCUGACCCAGUCCCCCUACUAGGCUCCACAUAUCGUUACAAUCCAGAAGAGGUUUAGAUUCAGCUCUCCCUCUCUGUCCUGUCCAAAAUAUUCCCUUACAUCUUAGAAUUCCCACAUCUAGGGGAUCUGCAGAUAUACAUGAAUACAAAGUAAUUGUAUUUAGUUUGUCUGUACAUCUUUGUCAAUGGGAGCAUAAUUUGAAAAAAAUGCAUCGGAAUUCUGCUUAUUAUGCAUUAGUGCAAACCAAGUUUUGUGAAAGCUUUGAUUAUGUAGUCAUGCAUAAAACUAGGAAUAAAAAGGAAAAGUAAAUGAUGCCAGUGGGGAAAAUGAUGUCACCUGAGCCAUUCAUGUUGUGUCAAGAAAACACAACUGCUGAUAUAGAUAGCCACAGAAAAUUUUGCAUUUGUGUUCAGCCACUGAAGUUCACAAUAGCUUGCUUCAUUUGAAAGCAACUUUAUUUGCGAGGUCGUAGUUGGUAGGUUUUUACUAAUGUGAGGAAUGGUGAGUAGCAUGCACCCGCAUGGAGCCUAGUUAUCCCCUUAAGUCCCAAUACAGACACUAUCCCCUCUCCCACCCCAUACCCCUGUCCAUCCCCCUCAUUCACUGCACAGAAAAGCAACAACAAAGCAACGUGUAUUUUCUUGUAUAAUAUUGAGGCUGGGACAAGUGGCAUCAUUUCUACUUUUGCUUUACUCUGACCUGUACAGCCUCAUGUACUAUGACUAGUCUGUGGGGCAUACACAUUUUGUUCAUUUUCUUGAAACCAGUUAAGGUGGCAAUCUGUCAGUGCAUGUGCCACGCCAAUGGAAGCUCAAUAACCCAAAAAGAGAGAAACGAUGGGGGAAAAAAACAGGUGGUUGGUUAGUCUUCAGGCUGUGUGUUGUGUCCACUUAUUGGCUUCCCACUUCCAGUGAUUUGGCGUAGAAUUUUGUCGACAGCCUUUUGAAUUAUUGCUUAUUAGUUUUAUUACUGGUUUGGCUGAGGAAAUGGCUGUUUUGUCUACUGGGGAGAAGACAAGUGAAAUUAUAGUUUUGUACAAUGAAAAAAGGCAAUACAUGGUCUGGUUCCUUUGCUAGGACUUAACAGAAACCGAUGUAUAUGAACUAAAACGUAUAUAUGACAUUUUUCUGAGGAAUUGAAUGGGGCAUGCUGCACCUUCUUCAGUCAGUCUUCAGUAAUAUCAUGUUCUCCCCUUUUUCAAAAGCCUUAAUGAUUGGUAGGAAAUUAAUUGCCAGUCUCACCUACAGCGCACUGUGUAUUGAAGUAUAUAUUUUUAUACAAUGUUCAGAAAUGGGACAUGAACUCAUUUUCACAAUAGCACCCAAUGUAUUGCUCCUGCAAUGGCAUAUUUUGGCUUAUCAGUUAGCCAGCUAUGGGAUACUGAGCACAAUGAAACAUCUUAUGUCUACAUUUGCCAAAUAUUUAUUUUAGUGUUUUGUACCGGAAGCUGGUUGAAAAAGGCAAAAUAAGGUUAUAUUGUGUUGUAUAAUGUCCCAUUGAGAUAUGGGCUACAUAUUUAUAUUUAAUCUUCUUAUAGUCCCCACUCGUGUUCCUGUCCAGUAAUCCUUACAGUAACUGGAGUUGUAUAGGUAAAUGUACCGACUAAUCACAGCGGCUCAGUAACAAUUGGUCCAUGUGUAGAGUGGAAACCAAUAGAAUUGUGUAAUAAGAUCUCGUAUUGACAUUAGCCCGGGUGAGCUUCUACUUAAGAAGAAGGUUGGCUAAUGCAGGCCCUUAUCUGCUGGCUGUAAGCAUUAGCUACGCAGGUUUCACCCAUUACCCUUUACAGAUAAUCCUAUAAUCAACCACUUCUCAUCUUGGAGACAAGGAGGUGGAGAGGCAGAUGGUAGCAGAGAGGAGGGAUCCUUCCCUGUUUCUAGUAUUUAUGGGUGGAGAUUGGUUAACAGGGCAGCAUGUGGGAUGGUCUGAUGUGUGGAAGUGAGGUAUAAGCACUGUGGGACUGUGAAUGAAUUGUGCUCGUUUUAGUUUGGUUUUGAAAGGACAUGAUGUAUGUGAUUGGGGAUAUGCAAGACUACAGGGUUUAAGAUUAAGAAUGACAUUAGAGAAGUAAAGAUUCUGAAUGACGGAGGGCAUUAGGUGUGAAGUGCCUAUAAAACCAGUACAGGGUCUAGACUGCAGUGCAGGCUGGGUAGGUGGGUAGCUGUCCAACCCCAUCCACUGCUACAGCAAUUUGGUCAAGUCUUCAUAACCAUACAACACAUCUUAUUCCAUAAAAUGAAAUAAAAAUAAUUCCAUCCACGUCCUGGAAAAGUAUUUUACUUUGAAUUUGAUGUCAUUGCGUAACAGUGAAUCAAAAUAGUGUUGAUUAAAUAUGUCUGUCAAUUAUCCGUUCCCCUCCAAUCAAUGCCCUUUCAUGCUAUGGCACACAUUCUUACCCCUCAAUAAACCUGCUGCUAUCCAUUUCUCAUGACGUCAAUCAAACCGACUCCCAGCCCUUCAAAAAUGUUGCUUUGUUUUGCUUGCAUUACGUCAUAUCGCAGAAACUAGUUCUGCUCAAACUUCCGUUUCAUGGUGUCCUAUUCGAGUAAGGACAUCAGUGAUGUCCUAUGCAGUUAGAUGCUGCAACCGCUGUGGUCAUCAGGGUUAAAUUCCUCAGGGCUGGUUUACAGACUAGAGCAGGAAAUUAAUGAAUGGUGCAGGCAAAAUACUUUAAGAAGUUCAGUCAUCAGUCUUGUUAUUAUGCAAUUUAGCCUCAAUAGAUUUAGGUAGUUGUAUCUGGAUGAGUUGUGAUUUCUGACCCUGGAUUGACUUACUUGGUGUGCAUGUUUGUACAUGUAGGCUACAGCUACAUUCACUACAGAGGAAGAGGAUUACAGUAGUUGCUUGUUCCCUUGAGCCAAAUUAAAUGCAUUGCCACAAGGUGAUAGAUGUAUCUGGAAUCAUCAAAAUAAAAAAGUGAAAAGUAAGGAAUCUGAGGAAAUAUGCCUGUAAAGUUUGUCCAAAGAUAGACCAUUAUAUCAUGCUGUCAGUUUGUGAAAUAAUAUUUUUAAAGACGUUAAGGAUUUCAAGGAAAUUACUGAGUCUUGCCUGAUUGUUUACUUGUAUUGGUCCUCCCAGUUCUGCGAGUGCUCAAAUGCCAAUAAGGGAUUCAUACGAUGGGAACUUAGCAAUGCCAAAGGUUAGGAAUUAAAAGGAGGAUUUGCAUUUGUGCCUGUGCUUGAGUGUGAGAGUGCUUCUUUUUCUUUCUCUUUGUGACUGUUUUCAAACAUUUCAUUUUGUAAACUGUCAUGAGAUGAUCUGCUCACAUCCCAGUCAGGUUGUAAAUAGACUUUACUAUAAUAUCUGUCUCCAACCUUUCUCUUCUUCCAUGUUUCUCUUAAAAAUAAUAACUGGAUCUAUUUUCCUCCCUUUUUUGUUUGGGGGGGAUGGGGAUUAUUUUUCUCAUUGUAUUUUUGUUUUGUUUUUACACUUACUUUUUUUGUGUAGUUUAAAGCUGCCGGCCAGAUGUUAGGAAGACGUUAUAUGUACAAUAUAAAUAUGUGUAAAUGCUGCUGAUUAAAGAAAUUCAUCUGGGUGUCACCUUAGAGAGAAUCUGUCCUAGAAUCCAGACUGACCACCUGCAGGAUUAAUACCAGUGACUGGCCUUAAGAUGUGAUUCAUGCCGUCAACUAGGUAUACAUGAGGUGGAAGGCCAUGCCUUAACAUGAGGUGUGCCAACAGCCUAUGGUAUUUGCUAAGGGGCCUUUACGAUAUUGCCCCUUUGAUUUUACAUAUUCUUUGAACAAAUAAAAUUACUCACUUUUUGCAUUUUAAUGGAAGAAGUAACCAUUGUGUAUAGAUUCAUUUGGAACCAGCACUGACUAUUCAAAACCAGCUAUGUCAUGCCAGUUGACUCUUACCCUGUAGGGGGAGCUCUGGAGUUGGUUUUAAGACUUGCUGGAGUACCCAAAAGAAUCAGGGCUAUCCAGAGGCACUGAAAAAACAAGCAUAUGUAGUUAGAAUUGCUUGGAUGUCAACAAAUAAGUCUGUUUUCUUUUUCAUGAAAAACUAUUUGAAACUUGGUUGUAUGUUUGCUGUUUAGAUAUGACCCAAUGAUCAUAAUAAAUGAUAUAACAGAAACAUAAGGUGGCUGGUGCUUCAAAGGCUCUGAUGACAGACUUGAUGUUUCCUUACCUCAUAAUUAGUGUUGAAAUGUCUGCUUCAGUUUAAUGCAGUGGAACUAUUUGGAACCACAAUAAAAUGAGCCACUUGAUUGUCGUAUGCAUGUAAUCUGAGGGCCAUGAAAUGUCGGAGAGAGUGGUGAUAUGGGCUCAUCAUACCUGCUUUGAGAAUGGGGUGUAGGGGACAAAAGUCUUGUAAACAAGUAACUAAUACAUUCACAACACCAGGCUCUUGCACCACCUACAUGUUCUCUUCAGUUAGCUACAUUACUGAUGCAGAUAUUUUUUGUGCUACAGUUUCUAUUGGCCAAUAGCCCAAUAUCAAACAUUGGCUCAACGUGCACUUUGGGAUUCUGGGAGCGUUUCCCAGCAGUGAGGUUGACAUGCUUAAACUGAUGCUUGUGACAAAAAUAUGGUUAAGUUUAAAAAUCAAAAAGUUUAAACUACAAUGAAUGUUUCAAAAGCUUGGGAGCAUUGCUGACAUUUUUGUCAGUAUUUGAAAAUAAAAUUUUACAUUAAUUUUAA